UUCUGAGGAUGAAAUUAAAUGAGAUCAAGAAAUCGCAAAUACAACUAUAAAAAGCAUACGAAAAAACAAUGCAAAGUUGUUGUUUUAAUUGAAAAUUAGUCUCAGUUUUUUCUCUCAUUAUGCACUGUGUGCUGCAGGAUUUGUUAUAUGUGGUGCACGCAUACCACAUAGAUGUAUUCUCUCAUAUCUAGACCUAAAUUUACCGCUCACAGUUUGUCAGAGUGAGCUGAGCUCAUGGCGUAGAUCUAUGGUUUGGACCCUCAACUCAAAGCCGUAGAUCUAUGGCACGAACCCUGAAAGGGUUAAAAAAUAAAGGGAGGUAACCCCUGAAAAGAACUUGCUACCUGAAGUCCUUAUGGAAGGGGAUUCCCCUUCCAAACAAUAAUACACCUCCAUCCUCUCCCCUUAUCCCAUCUCAUCACUAAAUCUUCAAUAAAGGUAAAUGUCAUUUUAUGAAUUAUUAAUGUAUUUAUUCUGCAUGUCUCAUUGUUUCUGUGUAGGAAAAUGAAUAUUUCAUGUGAAAAAAUUAUUUUUUUAACUGUUGGGUGUCUGGAACGGAUUAAUUGGAUUUCCAUUAUUUCUUAAGGGGAAAAUUAAUUUGGGUAACGAUAAAAUCGGUUAAGGACAUGCUCUCUGGAACGGAUUAAUAUCGUUAACUGAGGGUCCACUGUAUAAGCACUAAUCUUCCUGCCUGUACUUCAAAUUCUUCAAGACUGGUAUUCAUCACCUGAUCCUAGGCUGAGGGACUGAUUAUCUCAUCUUCCACUCUCUGCUGUAUAUAUUUCUGCAGUCUUCAUUACAUGUCUAUGUAAAUUUUUGGGAUUAUGCUAGGUUCUCUACACAUGUGCUGCUAUGUAUGAUAACCUAUGUAACUAUUUGUGUAUACCUGAAUAAACUUACUUAUUAAUUAAACUACUGGAUGGUGAAAUGUCUACAAGUAAAUAUACCCAGGUGUUGCUCGUGUGUCUGAUUCAUCAUCCUUCUGUAUUGCAGGUCCCUGCUAUCCACAGGCAAAAUGGACGGUGAUCUGGGUGCCAUUACCUUGCCGCAGCCUUCAACAGAGCUUCCAGAUAUUGCCCAGUUCCUCAGCAUUUACAUGGCUGAGGACAGUUUGGCACUACAAGAAGGGCGCCAGAUGAGUGCUCCAGCAGGCCAGGUGAUGCAGCAUAGUGUCUUCGGUGCCGGCGAGGCUGUUCACCCACCACCGCCUCCGCCGCCCAGGGACACGGAUUUUAGCAUCAUGUCCCUUGUCUCGCAUAACCCCAACUCAAUGGCCGGUGAGCCGCAGGUGUUCAGGGCAUAUCCAAUGGCUGCUCCCCUUGCUACGGUGCAAGUGCCACCACCACCGCCACCACGUACACCAGUGGUACCAAAAGUUGAGAUCGCUGUUAAAGAAACAGCAGAUGUGAAGCCUCCUGUGGUGACCCAGGAACAAGGAAAACGUCAUGUGUGUGAGAUUUGUACAAAAUCCUUUUCACGCUCUGACAAACUUACUCUCCACCGGCGCACUCACACGGGGGAAAAACCAUAUGUGUGUUUUUGUGGAAAAAGAUUUGCUAGAAGUGAUCACUUGAAAAUUCAUUCUCUCAAGCACAAGAUUAAUCCAGAAGUUCGUCGUGCAAUGUUGCUGGAAGCCAAAAAUAAUAAUCAGAUGGGAACCUCGAUAGUAAAAAGCGAAGACACUAACAUUUUAGGAAAGCAGUGUGUUGACACUGCAGUUCAGGUGAAGAUGGAAGAGAUUAUUCAAGUAAAGGACGAACCCUUGGAAAUUACCGAUCAGCUUAAUGCUCAAGGCUUUGAGGAUCCCAACAAGCAGGAGUGCAACAUAUGCCAGAAAGUAUUUGGCUCUAUCUACAAGCUCUCCCGGCACUUGCGUACUCACACGGGAGAGAAGCCAUACGUGUGCUUCUGUGGAGACCGUUUUAGUCGCUCUGAUGUUCUCCGCAUUCACCAAAAGUCCAAACACAUACCUUAUUGUACGGAGGUUUAUCAGCACCCUGCUGGAGAAUCUGUUCAGCAGGAAGCGCCGGCCACGACAAAACCCAAGGUUAAGAAGCCCAAACUGAUGAAAUCGGAUGGCAUUUACACAUGCGAGUAUUGUGCCAAGGAGUUCAAGGCCGGCUACAAGCUCACUGUCCACUUGAGAUACCACACAGGGGAGAAGCCUUAUGUUUGUGACUUUUGUGGUAAAGCGUUCGCUAGGAGAGACCAUAUGAAAAAACACCGCAAGAUCCACACUAAAUGAGUUGUGCUGAGCUACUUCAGUAUUGAAGAGUCAACUUUGUGAUUACUCUGAGCACAAACUCUUGCAUUAAAUUGUAAUAGAACUAAUUUGUUGCAAUUGCCAUGGAGGGGGGCGGUCCAGAUUAGAAUAAUCAGAAAUAUUUUUAUAAUUUCAUAUUUAACAUAGGCAAAUAAAGCAUACAAAAGCC